CAGAGAGCGUACACAAACGUAGGUGGAUGACAUCCUCUUCAAUGCAUUACUUAAGAUUAUUAAUUCUGUUGCCGCAGCUUGUACCCUGGGAAAGAAGGCAACAGUGAUAUGAUCAUCUCUACCUUCGCAGUUACAAGUCCACUAUUCUCACCAAGAUGAUUGACGUCACAGUCAAAACUCUUGAUUCCCAGAAUCAUCGAUAUUCAGUUCCAGAUGAUAUAACAGUAAAACAGUUCAAAGAAAGGAUAGUAACAUCAGUGAACAUCCCUGCAGACAAACAGAGACUCAUCUAUUGUGGGAGAGUUCUUCAGGAUGAUAAAAAAUUAGCUGAUUAUAAUGUACAUGAGAAGGUGGUGCACUUGGUGAUGCGAGCCCCACCACAAAGUAACAGCAGUGGUAGCGGUGCUGGUUCUAGCACAACAGGUGGAGCUGGUGGCAGCCAUUUUCAUCCUCGCCAUCACAACCAUCAUCAUCGUCGUCAACCCCCAUCAGAAGGUGCACAGGUCCUCCUUGGAUCAUUUGUGUUGCCUGAAGAUAGUGAGCCUAUAGUCCCUACAGCUCAGGGCCCAAGUUCCUCAGGUGUGCGCCUACACCAGGCUCGUUCAAUGUUAGAUAGAGCUGCUGCUGUUUUAGACCAGUUAGAUCAGCGAUUGGGGACACGUCAAGGAACUGCCGCAUCCUCACAAUCUACUCCAGAGAAUGAGCAGUCGGCUUCAGGUGAACAGACUGCUGGAACAUGUGGUGACAGAAAUGCGAUGGAAACCGAUUCAACCGAAGACCACCGACCUCAGACAAGCGAGACUAAUGAUGAAGGCAUUGCAUCAGCAUCAAGCACAACUACCCCACCAAGUGAAGACAUGGAGGCCCUUUACUCAGAAAUGGAUGCACUUAACAGCAUGGACCCAGCCACAAUGGUUUCAGCUCCAAUGCCAGCCACUGUAAUGGGUCCAAUGAAUGGCAGUUUAGCGGGUGGUUUAGCACAGGCUGCUUCAGCAGCUGUAGCUUCAGCGUUAUCGUCCCUAGCUCGUGGUGACAUUGGCGUUGCCAGUGGUGCGUCCAUGGGUUCUAGUGCAGCAGCCCCAGGCAAUUCUUCAAGCUCAUCCGUAAACACUUCAUCAGGCGGUAUUGCAACAAGUAUAGCAACAAGUAUUAACAAUGCCAACACAGCCUCCAUUAGUGCCAGUAGCAGAGUUGGCACUCCCCCUCGUGGCAUUUCCCAGGGUAGUUUGCGCACCCUAACUGUCAGAAUUACAAACACACGACCUCCAGGGACUCCCAGUAGUCGCCAAAGUAGCAGCAGUACUAGUACUAGCACCACAUCUUCAACCACUACUACUACCACCCAGUCUUCAAGUGAUCAGCCUAAUGAGAAUACGACAACUUCCACUAGUGGUAAUUCUGAAAGACGAGAUCCUACAAGUGAUGGAGCAGAAAGUGCCAAUGCCAAUCUGCGUUUAGAGCACCCUAGGUGUGGGGUAAUGGUAGAAGUUCUAGACCAGUACAAUGUCAUUCAACAUAGGUUACAACCUUACAUGAAUCGUUACCAUCAGGCAAUGGCAAAUGAUCCUGUUUUUAGUGCUGGGGACAGACCUUCCCUGCAGCAAGAACAGUGGCUUUUGUGGCGUGUUUCAGAAGUUUUGCAUUUUGUUUCCCAUGCAAUGCAUGCCAUUAGUGAUAUUAUGGUAGACCUUCGCCGCUCACCUCCUCGACAACUGCGAGCACGUCCUAUCAUUAUCCAGCAGCCUGCAUUGGUACAGGCACAGAUCAAUGUUACCACCAGUUCAGAUACAGCAAGAUCAUCCAUGAAUGGUAGACCAACCACAAGCAAUUCUUCAAAUAUCAGUUCUACUCCUAAUACCACUACCACCAGCUCUACUAAUUCUCCUAGUUCAGUUAAUAUAUUUACAAUAUCUCCGGCUGAUGGGGAGAGAAAUAGUACUAAUAACACUACGACAUCGUCUACAUCAUCAAAUACAUCAAGCUCAACUAGUUCAACGUCUAAUCCAUUCUUGACUCCAAAUUCCCAGCAAGCACGUAAUUUAGCAUCCGUUUUGAAUUUGGGUUCCAAUCUUCAAAAUUUCCCAAUGGAUGGUGGUGAUAUGGUCUUAAUGGAGGUUGGCCCUCAUGGGAUUACCAUAGAUUCUGUUUCAGCUGAUGGUAGUGGAGGAGGAGGAAGUGGUCCUCCGCCAGAGCUCAUUAGGAAUUUAGUCACAUCAAUAACAAAUCAAUUAGGAGUGCACCUUGGCGCCACCCCCAGUUCUUCAUCGGCUUCUGCCUCUACUACAUCGGAACCUUCAUCCACUUCUGCUAAUUCCUCUUCAUCCACCAGUUCUACUUCAAAUUCCACUUCAAGUCCAGGUGUCCAGAGAGGGAGACCUGGAAGAAAUAGUCAAGCCACUGGUAACAGUGGCACAAGCACUACUAAUGUCACUCAGACUAGGGUUACACACAGACCUCACGUACAUGUAACCCCGCUCAAUGUUCCAGGAAUGGGUAUGAAUCAGUUUGAUCCAUUUUUACCUUGCCAGUCACACCACAUCAUCCGACCUCGUAGAAGACACCAUGCACAAGUACAGACCCGUGACGGAGCCGCCCCACCUCUGCGCAGACGUUCACCAUCAGCCUCACGGAUGCAAGAAAACAGCUCUGGUGGAGAUGCAACACAGUCUCAGUCACAGGCACGUCCUCAGGUGGGAGUUUCCCCCACAGCAUCUUCAGCCAAUCCCCUGGCGCUCUUUGCAAACUUAAUGGCUGAAGCCUUCAGUGGCCGAUCAGCAAGUGGUCAUCAGUCUCAGGAGCAACAGCAACAGCAUCAGCAACCUCAGACACCAGGCUCAGAAAGUGGAGAACCACAAAUGAGUGACCAGAUGUUUGCUCAGCUUGUACAGGGUGUUAUGGCACAAGUGUCAGGUUCGAUAAACAGUGAGAGUGGGGGCGGUGGCAACCAGCAAAAUAGUGCAUCUCUACAUGAAUUCCUCCAGCCAUUUGAUGGAGCCAUGUUUAGUGAUGCAGAUGAGGACUCCCUGUUCUAUCAGCUCUUCAACACUGUGGCUCUUACUUUGUCAAUUGGAGACUUAGUACAGCUAUUCUUUGGUCGAGCAACAACAGUGAAUCAACUUCGUGCACCUUUGCAAGAAUUUGUGAGAGAGCGGGCUCUACGGGGCAAUCAACCCACCGAAGAGAACCUAGAUAGGGUCAUUGACAAUGUCAUCAGAGAUCUCCAUCCCUUCCUAGUCUUAACGGCUGGUGAUGCUCAAGUUCACGAAGGUAUUGAUUAUGUCAAUACAGUACAUAAUCUUGUGCGCCAUCGUCUACAUGAUAUCUUUAAUCUGGUCCUCAAUCAUACUGAUGCAGACACAUUUGGCCCAUCUCUGGUAUCUCUCAUACAACGAGCAUUGGGUGAAUUUAUUGCUCUCUCUCUCCAUUGUUUCACUGACGGAGUGCAGGGCUUAGAAAGAGUCAUCCAGGAACGUGUUCGUUCAAUAAUGGCUGGUGUGAGCCCUGCUAUUCAAGCUUGGUCUAUUAAUACAUCCAUCAUGCAACUCCGUUCAAUGAUGAACCGCAUGACCAUCACCAAUGAUCAUAUACGAAGGUAUGUCGUAUCUCCGGAUGAAGGGCGUCGCAUGGAGGAGGAGAGAAGUAGGCGUCAGUCAGAUGAUUUUCUUACAUCACGUACAACCCCAACACCUUCUGCACCACCACAACAAACAACUCCAUCAGAUAAUGUCAUUCAUGUAACACCUGCUAAUGGCCCUGUGGAGGAGCCAAUGGAAGUGGAGGAGGUAGGAUGUGUGGAAGAAGUAACAACUUCCAGAGGAGAGGUUGAAGAUAAUGCUACCGUACGUAGGGGCAGUGAAGAGGAGAAAGAGGAGGAGCCCUUGACAGAUGAGCCUCCCAUUACCAUUAAUGUAGGGUCACAACCUUGGCACUCGGCUGUUCCUCAGGACUGGCUACCCGUCAUAACUCGAGAUGUGGAAAGGCAACGCCGUGGUGUUCCUGACACAGCAUUAAGUGAUGCUUACCUUUGUGGGAUGCCUCUUAAACGUCGCAAGAUAGCCUCACAGCAUAAACCUCAUGGUUCAGUUCAGCAAGUAGUUCAAGAUACUCUCCGUCAAAGCAUGCGUGGGGCUGGCGUUAAUUGUUUGGUGAUGGAUAGUGUUACUGGUGAGGCUGCUAAUCAGCUUGGAGAAUCAUUCGCUGACCAUAUUCGUAAUUCUCUUCGAGAAAAAUUGGAUCAAAACAAGGAUUUCAAGCCAGAAAAGUUUCCAAAGAGUGAGAAGAAUAUUCGCCAGGAAAAGUAAAGGGUUGGAGCCAUUGGUUGUUUAUAAUGUCAAGACUAUUUUGAUUAUCUGCUUGGUGUGAAAGAGAAAAGUAGAAGCCGUUAGAUGCUUGGGUCUACAUGUCAUUGUUUUGUCCCAAUUGCCUGACGUGAUAGUGGACUUUGAACUGUGAUUCUGUUACCAAGACUGAGUUUUUAAGAAAACUGCAAGUAUUGUACAGAUAGUUAACCACUCUCGGAUGAGGGUGCUUGUUGCUAUUAGUCUCAGUUGCUUGUCAUCUCAAAGUGAAUUACUGUAUUUUUUGUCUGCUUGCAGUAGUGGAGACUGGACUAGGAUACCUUUUGAUAGUAUUAUGUUUAUAGAAUUAUUAAAAAAUAUUUAUAGAUGGAAAUCAAACCAUCCUGGUGCUUAAAGAAAAAAAAAAAGAAUCAUGGACACUUGGUAGUGCCACUGAAACUACCUGCUCCGUGGUAGGCCAGUGACUCAUAACAUAACUGCUCUGAUUCUCAGAAGUUGCACAUGCAUAAGUUUGCAAAGAAGUAUUUUGUGAAGGAGGCCAGGCUAUGCAGUUGCCAUGUAGUCAGUAAUGAAAGAAAAAAAGCUGUUAAUCCAGCAUGUAUGAAAGUGAUGUAUUUACUAUUAGUUAAAAGUAUUAACUAAAUAUUGAUUUUAUGUCCUAGGGGCAUUAGAAUACUUAAAAUUUGAGCAUUUUCUUUUGCAUGUUAUUUAUCAUUAUGCAUAAAAGGAAUUUAAAGGACAAUAUAUUUUUUGUAUGUUCUUGAGGUUCCUUGUUGAAAGAAAUAUUGUCAAUAUUACUGUUAUUACUUUGGAAUGUAUUCUGAUGGUGUGCUGGCACAAUAUUGUAUUCAUAUAAUAAAGGACUAAACAUAAAA